AUGGGGUCUAAGGUGGACGCAAAAGUGGUCCUUCUUGGAAAAGAAUACAGUGGAAAAACAAGCUUAGUAGAAAGAUAUUUACACCAUAGAUUCAACGAAAAUGUUCCCUACCAGAACGUAAGUUGUGAAAUCGUUAAGAUUGUUCCACGAGUAACAUAGCCAGGCUUAAACGUUCCUGCUAGCCGGUGAAGUUGCUUAAGCUUGGAAGCCUAGACUGUGGUAUUUACAUAAGUCUUAAGCUUGAGUUGAACUUAACAUUACACGGAGAUUUUACUCAGGCUAAAAGGUUUGGCAAUUCAUCGUUUCUGUUUAUUGUUUCCGUUGGUCAAGUACCUUUCGCUCUCUAAAUUAAGCAGUGAUAGCUACAACAGUUGAAAGAAUAAUAAGAUAUGCCAAAAAUGUAUAGCAGCCGAACCCUCCUUCCCAUGCCCCCACCCCCUGCACCCAUCCCAGCUGUUGAAAGCUAAGCCACUACAGCUGUGGCUUCAGACUUUUUCGAUACGGGUAAAGACUACAGUAUUUUUUUGGCAUAAGACUCUUCAUUAUAUAUUAUACAGUCAAAACCUUGAUUAAAUGGCCUCCUAUGAAGCAGCCAUCCUAUUACCAGAGGUCUGGUAGAUAAAAUUGCCUGUUAAUCAGAGUAAACAGAAACCAUUUACGCAGCCAGUUAAUAAGACAGCCUUAUAAAAUAGGUUAUCUUAACAUAGCCGGAGUAAACUGCUGACAUUGUGUGACUCCACUACUUGUUUCCCUGAGAAAUGAUGUUUGUGGAAUGACUGCAGAAAUACCUACCUGAUGAUGCAUCACUACACAGAUCUGAUUGGCUGGGGCAAAUUUCCCUUGGAAGCCAUUUCGCAGGGAGUGCUUGGAAGCAUUAUUUAUUUAUUUGUUUAUUUAUUUUUCGUGGCCUGUCUGUAAAGUAGCUAAUUACCUUAGCUAAGGACAUUGACCACGUUUUAUGGUGCCUAACUGAAGACGCGUCACUACACAGAUCUGAUUGGUUGGGACAAAUUUCCCCUAGAAGUCAUUUUGCAGGGAAACCUGUGGUGGCAUCAUGAUAUGUGGGAUGUUUUCUCAGGCUAAUUUGGACACUGCUAAAAUAAUAUUAUAAUUUUUCCUGAUAUUGCCUUUUUAUUAUGUUCCUGAAUGCUGUACCAGUAUCUUGAUCUCAGACUAAAACAUGGGGACACUUUUUUAUUUUGUAAUCUGACUGUCUCCUUCUCUAUCAUUCACCCUUACAAAGUUAGAAGUUGUGAUAUUAGCAUCAUCACCCAAAACAGCAAAGUACUAAGAAGAACUCAGAGUUUCUAAGUUGCUGGUUCCAGUGACUGAUGGAACAUGUUCUCAAGAUUAAGCAUUUUCACAUGUUCGGCCAUCUUGACCAUGCAUGAGGCUUUUUUUGCACCAAGGGAUUACUUUCUAGCUUUGAUUUAACAGCUGCAUAAUUAUUGAUUUCCUCAGUGCCUUAAUGUGAAUUUUAAGGAAAGUAACAUGGAAAUCAUGUAUGAGAAGGAGGACAGUUUAGUGCCCAAGAACUAACUGAAAAGGAAUGAUAAAGUGUUUUACUACCACUUCUCUUUGAUCUCAACUUUAGAACGUCGUUUAUAUGGUCAGCAAUAUGUCAAAAAAAUUUGGCCGUGCUAACAGGGUGGCCGUAUUAUUGGGGCAGGCUCAAAUUUCAUGACUUGCGAGCCGUAAUGAAAGAUACACCGUACAUCAGUCGCAUGCGCAUUUCUUGAAACAACUGUUCUUAUUAAUAAACAACUGGAAUAUAGAUAUCGUGUAAAGUAAUUGAAAAAACUACUUAAAAUUUUCCUUCAGUUCAUAAAACACUUUUAAAAUUUGGCCAUAAAAUCACAACAAGUCCUCUUUAUGUGAACUGUGGUCUAAAAACAGUACAAGAACGGGCUCAAAGUACUAGCUAAGCUGAAUAAAAUCAACAUGUAACAGGGGGUUUUAAUUUUCUAAAUUUCGAAUAAGUGGCUGUAUUAAUUAACAGGGUGAAAUCAUAAGAGAUUCUACUGUUUGGGAUUUUAAAGUGUGGCCAUUGGCUGCAUUAACAGGUGACCGCAUUGAUGGGUUUUUUUAUAAGGUAAUGUAUGGCCGUUUUGCCGGGCCAAAAAAGUGGCCUUAAUAACAAGGUUACCUGUAUUCUUGAGGUGGCCUUAAGUCGUGGUUCCUCAUUUCUUUCAUUGCAUUCAUUCAUUCAUUUCUUUCAUUCAUUCAUUUCUUUCAGACAAUCGGGGCAGCCUUUGGUGCUAAAAAGGUCACAGUGGGUAACAAAUGUGUAACUCUUGGGAUCUGGGUAAAUUUAUUUAUUUAAUUUAUUACUUGAAAGAGUGUGUAGACAAAGCUGUGAUUGAUUUCUGAGCAACUGCUUCCAAAUGCCUGGAGAGGGUCUUAAUAAUUCCAUACUGUCUUCCCAUUAAAUGCAAUGAUAUUAAUCUAUUAUUAAUCAAAAUGGUCUCAUGACCAAAUUUAAAGGCUGAUACAGGACAAGAAUAAUAAAGGAAAUUGAUGUUUUUGCAGACAAAUUGUUUCUUCUACAUGAAGAGCAUAUCAGUGGACAACAUUCAACCCUAAAAAUAUUAAAGAUCAUCUUGCCAAAAUUGAGCAACUUUCCUGAAAGCACCUUUGAAAAUGAGUAAAACUUCAAGGUGACAUUUUGCAUAGAUUCUUUUGACUGGUAUAUGGUCCACUUUUUCAGUUUUCAUUUAAACAACUUUACAAACUAGGUAUUCUCUGUCACUGUUUGAUUGACUACAGCAUAACAUUAAUCAGUAAGAAGAGAGCAACAGUGGCAGAUCCAGGGGAGCCCCCCCCCCCCUUAUUUUCAGACCAAACUGAGGCCCAAAGGACGGAAAAAAAUUUUUUUUGAGACCGGUUCCCCCCUUAUCUAUGGGUGUGGGUGACCAUGCUCCCUGCUUAUCCAAAGGUCUGGAUCCGGAGCUGAACAAAAUAUUAUAUUAUAGCCUUACGGACCCCAGUCUUGAAAUUGCACCUACUAGUGGCUUGCAUGACCAAAGUUGCAGUAAGAAUGUUCAUCAUCACAUCUUUUUUGUCUUUUUUUUAACAUCAGGAUACAGCUGGUUCUGAGAGGUAUGAAGCCAUGAGUCGGAUCUAUUAUCGAGGAGCUAAGGCAGCUGUCUUGUGCUAUGGUAAGAAGUACAUGCCUGACUGUACAAUGAUUAAUAUAGGCUGUUUUUCUACAACUGAAGAUCCCCUUUCGUUAACACAUUUGCCGCUGGAUCCGUACGGGCCAUUUCGUACUGCUCAGGGGCGAAUGGGUUAAUUAUUGUUAUUUGAGUAAUGAGUAGAAAAACCUACCCCUUAAAUUUCAUUUAUUGGUAUAGUGAAGUAGUUAAUUACUUAGUAUUUGAUACUAAUUUAAAAGGAAUGAUAAUGAUUAAUUUCUUAUUGCUGAAUCCCACUACCAUUAUUCUAUACUAUUUUGAAGAUAGUUAAAGCUAGGUAGGUACCAGACGGCUUGAGGAAACAGCACUGAAAUUGCAGACCGAUGACUCGUCACUACCCAGAUCUUGGGAGUGCUUUUGAUUGGUUAGAAAUUUACUUCAUCUAAUCAGAAGCACUACUAUGUUACAUGUACAUGUACAACCCAAAGUAUUCAAAAAAGAAUAGUUUAUAUAGCAAUCCAGUUCUCUUGAUACUGGCCCUGAGAAAAAUAUAAUUGCCCAGGAAAUCUCUUUUAACCCUUUAAGCCCCAGUAUCCACAUACAAAUUCUCCAAACUGAUCUCCAUGCAUUUCCUUUAAGAAUAAUUAGUUGAGAGAAUUUAAUAAAACAUCAAGGCAUUUUCUCUUUCAUGAUCAUUUUUUUAUAUUCUCACAACCUGAUCUCUUGACAAUGUAUGGACAUUGUUAGGAGAAAAUUGCUGUUGGUCACUAUUGGGACUUAAAGGGUUAAUAAUUAAAAAGUUAAAUGGUGAUUGAUCAGGGCUUCUAAUGACAGAGAAAAAAAAGAUAUUAAUAAUAACAUACAUUUGUAGAUUGCAGUAAAUGUUGUUAUUUCAUUUUUUUUUUUCAUUAUUUCCACAGAUCUCACAGACAGGUCCAGUUUUGAAAGAGCAAAAUUCUGGGUAAAUGAGCUCAAGACAUAUGAAGAUGUAUGUAUGAAAAAUAAUGGAAUGUCUCUCUCCUUCUGACUUAUGAUAAGGUUCAGGAGACUAAGGAAAUAAAUUGUGAAUGAGAAUCAAACUAGGUUGAAAUCACUUCAAGUUGAAUUAAAUUUUAAGCAUGUCAGCUGAUCCUUUUUUGCCCUGACUUCAUGUUUAUGUUAUCUUGAAUUAAGAGUUAACACAGACUGUACUCAUUUUUUACUUUUCACCUUAAUCUUGCUUGAUAGCGUAUACUACACAGUAGAAUGUAGUGUAAGUGAUGACAAGUCUAAACAGUGAGAGAUUUAGUUUGGAUUUUCAUACACAUUUUUUUUCUUUUGCAGAAUUGUAAAAUAUAUCUUUGUGGUACCAAAUAUGAUAUGGUUCAAAACGACAAAAAAUUACGCCAAGUAGACUACCAUACAACAACAGAUUAUGCAGAUGGUACGUGGAAAAGAUCAAUAAUAAUUUAUAGUUAAAAUCAUAAAGACUCCAGCCAUCACUCAAUAUACCAUAGUGCAUCCAAAAGCAUUAUUUUGAAUUCCUUGCUCUUGAUUGGCAAAAUAAAUAUUCAGAAGCUGUAAUUCAAAUUGCUACUGAGAAUAGCUUGGCAAGUGUUAGGUGGUGCUUUUUUCGGCUGUUCUCCAGAGUACUAAAUUCUGCCUGUACUGAUUUGCCCAGUAAAUAAUUAUACAUUGUGUAGACUGUGUGAAUCAUUUACAUCUGUAUCUUGCUUGGCAAAAAUGCACUUACUGUAGAUAAAUAUUAAAACAAUAGUCAAUUUAUUCCUCAGAUUAUGUAUUUUAGAUGACUGGACAACCUUGUUAUAUAUUAAGUGCAGGAUACUAAAGGUUAGAAGAAUGGUAGUGAGAUUAACUUUUGUUUUGUUUUGUUUUGUUUUUUCAGAGAUAAAUGCAAAAGUAUUUGAGACCUCAAGUAAAACUGGGCACAAUGUUGGUGAGUUGGCUUUGUGUUUUAUGAAUUGCUACUGGAAAAAGGCCCAUUUAAAGUACAUUGUAUGGUGGUAAAGUUCAUUACCAACUCAAGAGGGGGAAACUGGACUAGACAUUGUCUAUGAGGGGGUAAGAACUCAAUUAUGGUCAAGGGGUGCUACUAAGACUGCCAAACUAUGGUCCUCUUCAAAGGAUACAUUUUGUAUAUCCUGAAGAAGGCAGCAUUGCUGAAAUGUCAGUUUAAGACCUUGUAACAGCGUUGAUUUUAUAAUUUUCACGGAAAAAAUUUUUUCAUACCCCCUCCUCAAUAUUGUGAUGCUUGAGAAUGCAACUGGUUUUUUUUGUUGUUCCUGACAAGUAUCUAUGGUUGAAAAUAACUUUUUGUUAGAAUUUUGUUGUCCCAACUUUUUUCCUAGUGCUACAAAGAUGUACAAGUGAAAAUACCGGUAAUAAUGAUAAAGGAAUGUAGGAAUUUAGUUGUUAUGAACCAAACUUUGAUGUCUCAGACAGUUAUCAGUAUGUUUCUGCAUAUUAUUGUGGUUAAAGUUUGAACAUUUAUAUUGAUGAACUUCAAUUGAAAUGUAAUCCCAUUAUUGUGCUUCUAUGUCAAUAUUUCUUUAGAUGAAUUGUUUUUUGAACUGGCCCAAGAUUAUUCAAGAGAAGAAGAACCACCUGAUCCAGGUGAGUGAGUCUGGGGUGGAUUUAUUGUGGUGUCCAAAUUUUUUGUUAUUUAGAAUUGUGUGGUUCCAGGAAAUAUAUCCAUAGGGAAGGACUAUGUAGACCCCCCCCCCCCCCCCCGGUUUUUUUAAGCGGGCCAAAAUAUAUUAAAGAAAGAAAAACCCCUGUGCCCGGUGGGGGGGGGUUGGGGGGGUUUUUUUUGUGUGUUCAAUUUUUUUUUUUUUUAAAAUUUGGUGGGUCCAGAAAAAAAAACCAAAGGGAGGAAUAAUUUGGCCCCCCCCCCCCCCCCCAGGAAUUACAUUUCCUAUGGGUGGGGGUCUAUAGGCAAAGCCCUAUAAAGUGGGGGUAUGGUCAUAUUUUAUGUGACUGCACAUUGUGACAUACGUGUUCUGUUCUUAUAAAAGGUCUUUAUGAGAAAAUCCAGACAAGAACCAUUGCACAGAAAAUUCUUGAUAGUUUCCAUAAAGAACACAGAAAUCAUCCAUCUGCAAAAUACAGGAGCCACACAGUCAUUUCAAAAUUUUACCUUUAAAAAUAAGUUUAAUUAAGUCUUGAAAAUUACAUUAUACUGUAAUAUUAUUCAAUUUUAUUUUAGCAGCUAACUAGUAUCUCUUACUUUUAUAAACCAGUUGCUCUAGAUUAAUUUAUUUCAUUAAACCAUUUUACAUUUUUUCUCUGUUCUAAAGGAGAGACUGAAAGAGACGCAUUGGAAUUAACCGAAUUUCCACAGCGACAUGGAAGAGCAGCCUGUUGUGGCAUUAAAUUAUGAUGUUGGGCUAUCUCAGCAGUUGUACAGAUGAGCAGGGACUUCCCAAGAAAUAGAAAACUAUUAUUUUUUAAUCUAUCAUAUUAUGAAGAAAUUUAAGAUGAAAUAUAGAGCUGGUUAGUGACAUGAAUAGUUCAGUUCACUGGUAAAUAUGAUUAAUAUAGAGGGGUAGCUAUAUGUAUAAUGUGUCUGUCUUUUGCUCAGCUGAACUGAAAUGAACAAUUACAUGUAUUUAUGUCUUCAGUGCGAAAAAUAUUCCAAGGCAACAGUUGAACUAAUUCCUCAUUUUGAUACCCUUGUAAGUUCUCCUUAUCAACUUGUAUAUUCUGUAUUAUGUUGAUCAAAAUGUCAGGCUAUGAUAGGUGUAGGAGGGCUGUAUUUUUUUCUCCUCUUGGUUUUUUUAGAUUGUUGACACAACUCUCUUCAUAUUAUUACUGGAAUAUUGUAAUGUUAUAUGGGUGUCAGUAAAAUGCGAGGCCGGGACAGGGACCAGGACCGGGACAGGGACAAGGUCUAUCUUUUUUUUUUUAAAGAAUGC